AUUGUGACCCCACCACCUGCCCCAUUAUGACCCAGUCCUUCUCCCCCUCCCCCACCAGAGGAGUCUGGCUCCCAGUGACUAUGUGGAGGCCGGGCGGCCCAGGCAGUCCUGGGACCCGCGGCCAUGGGUGAGCAAACCCACUACCGAGCCCAGCCGUGCUCUGGCACCAACCCCAGGAAAUGCCAGGACCUAGGAGACUCAAUUCUUCUGAUCCUGGGCAGCUUCAUCUUGCUCAACGUGGGGAUCAACGUGGUGACUCUGCUCUGGAGGCAUCUGAAGAGCUCCUUGCGGACACUCUUCCGUCACGUUUUCCCCAAAGACAAGCAAGCCAGCUGUGUAGGCAGCCAUCGCAUGUGCAUGCGCUGCUCCGUGGAUCCCAAGAACCUGUGCUCAAGAGAUCCUUCCCGCUUCCGCCAUCGCCCAAGCUUCCUGCUCAGGCACCCAAACCACCUUGACUCGUGGAUACCAGACACAAAACAUGAGGAGGCUUCUGGGUGCUGCUGGAUGCCGCCUCAGUGUGGACGGGCUGGGGCUCCCAUGGAGGCUCCACGGGGACUGUGGAAGGAGGGGGUAGUGGGAGCUGGCGAGGCCCCUCCGGUCACAGCCUUAAAGUCCCGAGCCACCUUUUACUCCAGGCAAGAGACAUCUUCCAAGCUCCGCAGGAUGAGCAAGGUGGACGUGCUUCCACUCCACCUGCCCCAAGAGAGCAAGACGAAGACCCCAGACUAUGACCCAGCCCAGGCCCCAGGCCGGGCCCAGAACCGCCCCCCAGUUCAGCCCCCUGCGCAUGCUCCUGCCAAGGCCCAGACCUUCUCCUCAGCCCACCCCCCAUGAGCACACCACCCCCCAGGUCCAGACCCCCUCCCCAGCCCUCACCCCUGAGCGCAGCCCUGCCCAGGUCCAUGGCCCUGAGCAUACCUCAGCCCAUACCCCAGCCCAGGCCCAAGCCCAGGCCCCCUCAAAUGCCUCAGCCCAGUCCCUGGGCCACACUUCUGUCUGCACCCUGACCCAUGCUCAUCUGACCUAUACCCAUGCCAACACUCUGGUCCCUCCCCCACCUUCGGCCCCAGUCCCUCCCCCAACUUCUGCCCCUGCUACUACUCCUGCCCUAGCCCCUACACCAGCCCCUGUCCCGAUCUCUGCCACAACCUCUGUCCCAGCGCUGGCCAUGGCCCUGACGACCACUCCAGUCCCUUCCACCACCCCUACCCCCAUCCUAGCUUCUAUUCCCUCUACCUUGUCUGCCUUCAGCCAAGGCCUCUCCUCCGGCCAGGUGGUCUACGAUGCCCGCAGGGUAAAGCAGAACGUGGUCCAUGUGUGUCCCCCUCAGAACUCGGGGUACUCCAGAAAGGACUUGGGUACCGUCUCCAGGCCCCAAGAGGGGCAUGGUCUGGUGAGCUCUGGUACAGCUGAGCAAACACUGAA